ACACAGAGAGAGAGAGAGAGAGAGAGAGAGAGAGAGAGAGAGAGAGAGAGAGAGAGAGAGAGAGACGCUCUCUACUGACAGAACAGAACUGACCUCCCAACAGGGAUCAUGUCAGGAUGAAAAUGAACAAUAUGUCGCACCGUCUCCGUAUUUGGAAACACACUCUUACGCCCUGAAUCCUGAAGAUGAGUGCAGCAUCAGAUAAAACCAGACUCCAGCAUCAGCUCUUCAACAAUUUUUAGCUACACCACAAAUGCUUCGUAAGGCAUCGAGCGAAUCCAGGAGUUCAGCCUUUCAGACUUACGUGCAUGAGCGAGUGCCAAGUUCUACAAGACAGAUAUCAACAUCCUGACACGUUUCAAGGUGUACCGUUGAGGAGAGUGAGUCUGGCCUUCUGGAACAACGUCUAGCGAAUGUACAUCACAUGAUAGGAUUUACAUCGCGUGCCUCUCCAAGAACAGCUUUGGUGUGUGUGUUGGUGUGUGUGUGUGUGUGAGCUUGUAUGUGUGUGAACUGGUCAUCAUGGCUUCAGAAAAUGUGACCUUGGAGAAUCAGCUUCACAGUGCGCAGAAGAACCUGCUGUUCCUGCAGCAAGACCACGCCAACACGCUGAAGGGCCUCCAUGCAGAAAUACGCCGCCUGCAGCAGCACUGCACUGAUCUGACAUACGAGCUGACCUGUCGCAGUUCUGAUCCAAACAAUGAUGGCGAGGCCCGUUGCAGAGAGCUACAGUGUCGCUGUGAGGAGCUGGAGGAGCAGCUGAAGGCCAAAGAACAGGAGAACAACGAGCUGCUGCGGGAGCUCGAGCAGAAGAACGCCAUGAUCUCUGUGCUGGAGAACACCAUCCGUGAGCGUGAAAAGAAGUACCUGGAUGAGCUGAAGCUCAAGAGCCACCGGCUGGCCGUGUUAUCCGGGGAGCUGGAGCAGAGAGCCGGCACCAUCGCCUUCCUCACAGCGCAACUCCAUGCCACGAAAAAACGCCUGCUGGAGGGAGGAGCAGCCUUUAAACCGUCCCCACCGGCCGAACCCAGGCUCGACUCGCCCACCAACAGCGCCAGCAAGCAGCCCGACACGCCACGUAGGCGCAUGCGCAAGAGCCUUUCACAGCCGCUGCACUGCGAGUACACCGAGCUCUACAGGGUGGGUGCGGCUGACGGCAGAAGAAUCGUCCUUAGGGACCCCACAGGAACGAUGCCCGACCCAGCGCCGUUCCUUCAGGCCCGAGACACACCCGCUAACCCCGAGGAACAGCCAGUGGUGCGCGAACGACCCCCUGUAAUCCCGCCUAUCGCCUCUGCAACAAGCCCCGCCCAUGCUCCUGUGCCUCCGAGCCCCAGGCAGCAACGAGUCUCUGCCCACGUCGGCGUGGCACACAGGAUUCAUCACCCAGCUGCAGAAGUGGAGACGCUCGCUGUGGAUCAAGUUAGCGGAGAAAAAGUGGUGCGUAAAGCAUCAGGUACUGACAGAACAGUUUAACACCCACACACACACACACACACACAAUAAUAUUGUCUUACACUUAUACUGAUUACAGCCAAUGCAGUAUGAGCAGGACUGAAACACACACACACACACACACACACACACACACACCCAAGCAGUGUAUAGAAAUCACACUAUAUAUCUCUGAGUACUAUAACAAUGGAAUAAUUCAUGUAUCCACACAAACACAGCCUGAACAAAGCGUUUAAAACACUGGACACUCGGAGACGCUCCAGCUUCACGGGUCGGUGACGUAAGCAGGAGGACAGACGUGUGCUGCUGAUGAGACUAACCGGGACUCGAGUCUCUCUAUAACCUGCUGUUUAUGCAAAACUGCGACAAGUAAAGAACAAGAGAAAUUUUCCAUGUUCAAUACCACAUUUUUUUGUUUGUUUUUGUUUUUUUUGGAAGCCGAGAGUACGCAUGCCAAAUGUUUCUCAUUUCUUACCUCACUCUCACGUUAAAGACGGUCAUCGUCCGGUUCUCUUCGUUGUUGUUUAUUUGUUUUCCCCUCAAACCUCAGUGUAAGCAGCCAAAUCUCGUCAUCGCCUUUCGGACUAGAUGCAUAUUUAUCGAUGCGCACUGCAGUAGUAAAGCAGGUUUGCACUGUCCUUCUGCCUCGUCUGUACACGUCGCUCACGUUACUGUAGACUCCUGCUGCUUUCCUUAACUGUAACACAUAAAGCAAGUGAGAUAACAAACAAACAUGGCUUCCUGGAUUUUAUUGAAAAGUUUCGUACGCAUACAGUACGUGUUAUUACGGGUGUAAAAACUGUUGCAUUUCAGAACUCUUUCUCGGGUGAAUUCUAUCAGAAUAGACCUCGUCUUAAACAAUUAUUAACAGAUACAAUUAUGAACUACACUUAAAGGUUGGGUCUCUGAUUUUUGAAAGCCAAUGUCGACA